AUGGACGUGGACGUAGAAAUGGACGUGGACGUGGACGUGGACAUGGACGUGGACGUAGACGUGGACGUGGACGUGGACGUGGACGUGGACGUGGACGUGGACAUGGACGUGGACAUGGACGUGGACGUGGACGUGGACGUAGAAAUGGACGUGGACGUGGACGUGGACGUGGACAUGGACUUGGACAUGGACGUGGACGUGGACGUGGACGUAGAAAUGGACGUGGACGUGGACGUGGACAUGGACGUGGACGUAGACGUGGACGUGGACGUGGACGUAGAAAUGGAGGUGGACGUGGACGUGGACGUGGACAUGGACAUGGACGUGGACGUGGACAUGGACGUGGUCAUGGAUAUGGAGGUGGACGUGGACGUGGACGUGGACAUGGACGUGGACGUGGACGUGGACGUAGACGUGGACGUGGACAUGGACGUGGACUUGAACCUGGACGUGGACAUGGACGUGGACAUGGACGUAGACGUGGACGUGGACAUGGACGUGGACUUGGACGUGAACGUGGACAUGGACGUGGACAUGGACGUAGACGUGGACGUGGACGUGGACAUGGACGUGGACGUGGACGUGGACGUGGACAUGGACGUGGACGUGGACAUGGACGUGGACGUGGACGUGGACAUGGACGUGGACAUGGACGUGGACAUGGACGUGGACGUGGACAUGGACGUGGACGUGGACAUGGACAAAUGGACGUUCACGUCUACGUCCACGUCCACGUCGUCCAUGGACGUGGACGUAGAAAUGGACGUGGACGUGGACGUGGACAUGGACGUGGACGUAGACGUGGACGUGGACGUGGACGUGGACGUGGACAUGGACGUGGACAUGGACGUGGACGUGGACGUGGACGUAGAAAUGGACGUGGACGUGGACGUGGACGUGGACAUGGACUUGGACAUGGACGUGGACGUGGACGUGGACGUAGAAAUGGACGUGGACGUGGACGUGGACAUAGACGUGGACGUAGACGUGGACGUGGACGUGGACGUAGAAAUGGACGUGGACGUGGACGUGGACGUGGACAUGGACAUGGACGUGGACGUGGACAUGGACGUGGUCAUGGAUAUGGAGGUGGACGUGGACGUGGACGUGGACGUGGACAUGGACGUGGACGUGGACGUGGACGUAGACGUGGACGUGGACAUGGACGUGGACUUGAACCUGGACGUGGACAUGGACGUGGACAUGGACGUAGACGUGGACGUGGACAUGGACGUGGACUUGGACGUGGACGUGGACAUGGACGUGGACAUGGACGUAGACGUGGACGUGGACGUGGACAUGGACGUGGACGUGGACGUGGACGUGGACAUGGACGUGGACGUGGACAUGGACGUGGACGUGGACGUGGACAUGGACGGACGUGGACGUGGACGUGGACAUGGACGUGGACAUGGACGUGGACUUGGACGUGGACGUGGACUUGGACGUGGACGAGACGUGGACGUGGACGUGGACGUGGACGUGGACGUGGACAUGGACGUGGACGUGGACGUGGACAUGAACGUGGACGUAGACGUGGACGUGGACGUGGACGUGGACCUGGACCUGGACAUGGACGUGGACGUGGACGUGGACGUGGACGUGGACGUGGACGUGGACGUGGACCUGGAAAUGGACGUGGACGUGGACGUGGACGUGGAGGUGGACGUGGACAUGGACAAGGACGUAGAAAUGGACGUGGACGUGGACGUGCACAUGGACGUGGACGUGGACGUGGACAUGGACGUAGACGUGGACAUGGACGUGGACGUAGAAAAGGACGUGAACGUGGACGUGGACAUGGACGUGGACGUAGACGUGGACGUGGACGUGGACGUAGACGUGGACGUGGACGUGGACGUGGACGUGGACAUGGACGUGGACAUGGACGUGGAUGUGGACGUGGACGUAGAAAUUGACGUGGACGUGGACGUGGACAUGGACGUGGACCUGGACGUGGACAUGGGCGUGGACGUAGAAAUGGACGUGGACGUGGACGUGGACAUGGACGUGGACGUAGACGUGGACGUGGACGUGGACGUAGAAAUGGACGUGGACGUGGACGUGGACAUGGACAUGGACGUGGACGUGGACGUGGACAUGGACGUGGACAUGGACAUGGAGGUGGACGUGGACGUGGACGUGGACGUGGACGUGGACGUGGACGUAGACGUGGACAUGGACGUGGACAUGGACGUGGACAUGGACGUGGACAUGGAUGUAGACGUGGACGUGGACGUGGACGUGGACAUGGACGUGGACGUGGACGUGGACAUGGACGUGGACGUGGACGUGGACAUGGACGUGGACAUGGACGUGGACAUGGACGUGGACGUGGACAUGGACGUGGACGUGGACAUGGACGUGGACGUGGACGUGGACGUGGACGGAAUGGACGUGGACAUGGACGUGGACUUGGACGUGGACGUGGACAUGGACGUGGACGUGGAUAUGGACGUAGACGUGGACGUGGACGUGGACAUGGACGUGGACGUGGACGUGGACAUGGACGUGGACGUGGACAUGGACGUGGACGUGGACAUGGACGUGGACGUGGACAUGGACGUGGACGUGGACAUGGACGUGGACGUGGACAUGGACGUAGACGUGGACGUGGACGUGGACGUGGACGUGGACGUAGACGUGGACGUGGACAUGGACGUGGACGUGGACCUGGACCUGGACGUGGACGUGGACGUGGACGUGGACGUGGACAUGGACGUAGACAUGGACGUGGACGUGGACGUGGACGUGGACGUGGACAUGGACGUGGACGUGGACGUGGACGUGGACAUGGACGUGGACGUGGACGUGGACAUGGACGUGGACGUGGACGUGGAAGUGGACGUGGACGUAGACGUGGACGUGGACAUGGACAUGGACGUGGACCUGGACCUGGACGUGGACGUGGACGUGGACGUGGACGUGGACAUGGACGUAGACAUGGACGUGGACGUGGACGUGGACGUGGACCUGGACAUGGACGUGGACGUGGACGUGGACAUGGACGUGGACGUGGACGUGGAAGUGGACGUGGACGUAGACGUGGACGUGGACAUGGACAUGGACGUGGACCUGGACCUGGACGUGGACGUGGACGUGGACGUGGACGUGGACAUGGACGUAGACAUGGACAUGGACGUGGACGUGGACGUGGACGUGGACAUGGACGUGGACGUGGACGUGGACGUGGACAUGGACGUGGACGUGGACGUGGAAGUUGACGUGGACGUGGACGUGGACGUGGACGUGGACGUGGACAUGGACGUGGACGUCGACGUGGACAUGGACGUGGACGUGGACGUGGACGUGGACGUGGACGUAGAAAUGGACGUGGACGUGGACGUGGACGUGGACGUGGACGUGGACGUAGAAAUGGACGUGGACGUGGACGUGGACGUGGACGUGGACAUGGACGUGGACAUGGACGUGGACGUGGACGUGGACGUGGACAUGGACGUCGACGUGGAUGUGGACGUGGACGUGGACGUAGUUAUGGACGUGGACGUGGACGUGGACAUGGACGUGGACAUGGACGUGGACAUGGACGUGGACAUGGACGUGGACAUGGACGUGGACAUGGACAUGGACGUGGACAUGGACGUGGACGUGGACAUGGACGUGGACGUGGACGUAGAAAUGGACGUGGACGUGGACGUAGAAAUGGACGUGGACGUGGACGUGGAAGUGGAUAUGGACGUGGACAUGGACAUGGACGUGCACGUGGACGUGGACAUGGACGUGGACGUAGAAAUGGACGUGGACGUGGACGUGGACAUGGACGUGGACGUGGACGUGGACGUGGACGUGGACGUGGACGUGGACAUGGACGUGGACAUGGACGUGGACAUGGACGUGGACAUGGACGUGGACAUGGACGUGGACGUGGACGUGGACAUGGACGUGGACGUGGACGUGGACGUGGACGUGGACAUGGACGUGGACAUGGACGUGGACGUGGACGUGGACGUGGACGUGGACAUGGACAUGGACGUGGACGUGGACGUGGAGGUGGACGUGGACGUGGACGUGGACGUGGACGUGGACGUGGACGUGGACGUGGACGUGGACGUCGACGUGGACAUGGACGUGGACGUGGACGUGGACGUGGACAUGGACGUGGACGUGGACGUGGACGUGGACGUAGAAAUGGACGUGGACGUGGACGUGGACAUGGACGUGGACGUGGACGUGGACGUAGAAAUGGACGUAGACGUGGACGUGGACGUGGACGUGGACAUGGACGUGGACAUGGACGUGGACGUGGACGUGGACAUGGACGUGGACGUGGACGUGGACAUGGACGUGGACGUGGACGUAGAAAUGGACGUGGACGUGGACGUGGACGUGGACAUGGAUGUGGACAUGGACGUGGACAUGGACGUGGACAUGGACGUGGACAUGGACAUGGACGUGGACAUGGACGUGGACGUGGACAUGGACGUGGACGUGGACGUGGACGUAGAAAUGGACGUGGACGUGGACGUAGAAAUGGACGUAGACGUGGACGUGGAAGUGGACAUGGAAGUGGACAUGGACGUGGACGUGGACGUGGACGUGGACAUGGACGUGGACAUGGACGUAGAAAUGGACGUGGACGUGGACGUGGACAUGGACGUGGACGUGGACGUGGACGUGGACGUGGUCGUGGACAUGGACGUGGACGUGGACGUGGACGUGGACGUGGACAUGGACCUGGAUGUGGACGUGGACAUGGACGUGGACGUGGACGUGGACGUGGACGUGGACGUGGACGUGGACGUAGACAUGGACGUGGACGUGGACGUGGACGUGGACGUGGACGUGGACGUAGACGUGGACGUGGACGUGGACGUGGACGUGGACGUGGACGUGGACGUGGACAUGGACGUGGACGUGGACGUGGACGUGGACGUGGAAAUGGACGUGGACGUGGACGUGGACGUGGACGUGGUCGUGGACAUGGACGUGGACGUGGACGUGGACAUGGACGUAGACAUGGACGUGGACGUAGACAUGGACGUGGACGUGGACGUGGACAUGGACGUGGACGUGGACGUGGACAUGGACGUGGACAUGGACGUGGACGUGGACGUGGACGCGAACGUGGACGCGGUCGUGGACGUGAACGUGGACAUGGACGUGGACGUGGACGUGAACGUGGACGCAGACGUGGACGUGGACGUGGACGUGGACGUGGACGUGGACGUGGACGUGGACAUGGACGUGGACAUGGACGUGGAGGAGGACGUGGACGUGGACGUGGACGUGGACGUGGACGUGGACGUAGACGUGGACGUGGACAUGGACGUGGACGUGGACGUGGACAUGGACGUGGACAUGGACGAAGACGUGGACGUGGACGUGGACAUGGACGUGGACGUGGACGUGGACGUGGACAUGGACGUGGACGUGGACGUGGACAUGGACGUGGACAUGGACGUGGACAUGGACGUGGACGUGGACGUGGACGUGGACAUGGACGUGGACGUGGACGUGGACGUGGACGUGGACGUGGACAUGGACUUGGACAUGGACGUGGACUUGGACGUGGACGUGGACAUGGACGUAGACGUGGACGUGGACGUGGACAUGGACGUGGACGUGGACGUGGACGUGGACGUGGACGUGGACAUGGACGUGGACAUGGACAUGGACAUGGACGUGGACGUGGACAUGGACGUGGACGUGGACAUAGACAUGGACGUGGACAUGGACGUGGACGUGGACGUGGACGUGGACAUGGACGUGGACGUGGACGUGGACGUGGACGUGGACAUGGACGUGGACGUGGACGUGGACAUGGACGUGGACGUGGACAUGGACGUGGACAUGGACGUGGACAUGGACGAGGACGUGGACGUGGACGUGGACAUGGACGUGGACGUGGACGUGGACGUGGAGGUGGACGUGGAGGUGGACGUGGACGUGGACAUGGACGAGGACGUGGACGUGGACGUGGACGUGGACGUGGACGUAGAAAUGGAGGUGGACGUGGACGUGGACCUGGACGUUGACGUGGACGUGGACCUGGACGUUGACGUCCGCGUGGACGUGGACAUGGACAUGGACGUGGACGUGGACGUGGACGUGGACGUGGACGUGGACGUAGACGUGGACGUGGACGUGGACGUGGACGUGGACGUGGACGUGGACAUGGACGUGGACGUGGACGUGGACGUGGACGUGGAAAUGGACGUGGACGUGGACGUGGACGUGGACGUGGUCGUGGACAUGGACGUGGACGUGGACGUGGACAUGGACGUAGACAUGGACGUGGACGUAGACAUGGACGUGGACGUGGACGUGGACAUGGACGUGGACGUGGACGUGGACAUGGACGUGGACGUAUGGACGUGGACGUGGACGUGGACGCGGACGUGGACGUGA